AAAAACCCGCUAGGUCUCGUCAUUUCGAUCAAUUAUUUUUCUUCCUCUGUCUCGACGCUCUCGCAGGGCCCCGAACGAUAAUAAUAUUAUUAUUUUCCACUCAACCGCUGACGAGAUCACGAGCACGGAACACAACUACUGCUGCUUCACUACGGCACUGCGUCGCCCGGAACGAGAGAUGUUCAUCAUCAACGUCGACCGUUACGUAUGAAUGUCUCGUGUUCGGUUGCAUCACGAUACACCUGCACUACGAGCUAAAAGUACCAAAAGCCCCAGUUUCCUUUGUAUUUUCUCAUCCUUCUUUCCUGCAUUACUGCCCAACUAUAAUGUCACAAAUGAAACGAGGUCGCAAGGUAACCUACACUAAUAUUAAAGAGAAAUAUCAUCAUUUGGAGUCAUCUAGCCUCCAACAACAAACUUACAUUUAUAAUAACCAAAACGUAGCUGAAACCCGUUUUGGAUCAACCAUGGUACCUAAUCGAAUAUUUGUUGGUGGCUUAGCCAAUGGUACAUCAGAACAAGAAUUACGAAAUUUCUUUUCUGUUUAUGGUGAAGUUAAAGUAGUUAAAAUUGUCAAAGAUAAAGGUGGUGCUCUUAAAGGAUUUGGUUUUAUUACUUUUAAUACGGAAGAAGAAGUUAAAAAAAUUAUAGAUGCUGGUCCUGUUCUGAUAUUUAAAGACAAGCGUAUUAACAUAGCCCCUGCAUUUGAAAAAGAUAUCAAAAGUAAUUAUGAUUCCAACCAAUCUCCUCAACAGCAAUCACAUAUGAUGUCAUAUAGUAGUCAAGUUCAACAGUAUUCAGUUCCUCCAUUAUCUUCACCAGCUCAACCAAUGUUAGCACCAGUAAUGUAUACUUAUCAAAAUGGAAUGGCUUUUUUUAACAUGCCAGUUAAUGGGAAUACAUCAAUACCUCCACAACAUUCUGGUCCACAAAAUUCAGUUUCAACUGAAUCUCUUGUUCCUACCAUAUACCCAACAGCUCCUUAUGGAACACAAAGUGCUGCUACCAACAUGCAAGGUUAUAGUGGUCAACCUAUAUUCUAUCCGAAUCCUAUACCCCAAGUGUUAGUUCAACAAACUUACCCUAAUUUACCAGUAAGUUCGGUUUGCAAUGGUAAUCCAGGAUCUAAGGUUCUAUUUUCGAUGCCUUGUGAUACACCUUAUUAUUCGGGGACUCAAAUGUCUAGUAUGAUACCAUCUUCAGAUAUGGCAUAUCCAAUGCCAAUGAUGUCACCAUAUAUGCCUUAUAUGGUUGCAACUUCUGAUGGAGGUUAUCCGUAUUAUGAUCCUGUUUUGGAAAAUAUUCAGCUUGUUCAUCAACCAUUAUAUACAGAGCAGUGCACAAAUCCUAGGCCACAAUCUGCUGAUGCUUCGGUGGGGCAAGCGCAAGUAAUUACUACCAAUCAGUUUGUAUCAUUGAUGUCUGUAGUUAGAAAUGAUGGGGAAAAACCUCAAAUGUACACUCCUGAAGCUCAACAGUUGUGUCUAACUCCAGUCAUAAGUUUAGCUGAUCCUCCACCACAGUCAAUAUCCCAACCAAUAAAUUCUAAACCUGCUACAUCUUCUCCGCCAGAUCCUGAAAAAUCUGAUCAAUCACCUAAUCAAUUACUUAUGAAUCAAAUUCAGUAUAAUAUUAGACAUCCGCCUCCUUCUAUAAAUACACGUCCUGAACAUAAGGAUGCUUCUAAGCAACGUGGUGAUACACAGCAAUAUCAAGGAAAUAACAAUAAUUUAUCUAUUAAGAACAAUAAUGACUACAUGAAAAACGGACCUAAAAAGUAUCCUGAAACUCGUACAUUUUAUAAAACUGGGCCAACUACAUUAGCUCAUCCCAGACAUCCUAAUGGACCAUUGGUCAAUUCAUCUUUUACCAACUCAUUUUUUGUUCCUACUACUGGUUUCCGUCACCGGUUUCCUAAAAUGCACUAUCCUGCUGUUCCUCAGGUGAUGUUAAAUCCAACCUAUCCUUAUCCCAGUCAGGGAAAUGUACGCCCUAAUGGUCAACAAAUGUUCAACAAUAGAGGAACCAGAUGUGGCAACAACAACUAUCAAAGCAACAAGAAAAACUAUAGUUCUUACAAGGCAAACAAAAUAAAUCGUUAUACCUCUGAUCAUGGUGAUAAUCAUGAAGUUUCGAGCAGUGAAGAUAGUCGUACUGACCAGUUAUCCAGUGGUGAUAUGGGCCCCCCUCAGGUAGAUGGAAUGUGUUCGGAUAUGAGGUCGAUGGCUAUUUAAAUAUACAUUAUGUGAUCAAAGUUAAAUAGCCCCAACAAGACUGGUCAGCUCCUAACAUUAUUUGAUUUUUUAUAGUAUUAUUUAACUUAAUUUCCCUUUUUUUAGAAUUCAGAAAAUGGCAACAAUUUUGGUCGAUAAAAAAAUAUAAUAUAUUUAUACUUGCAAAAUAUUUCGCCCUUCUGUGUUCAAAAUUGUUAUUUAUUAAUAGAUUAUAAGCACAUGAUAAUAGGUAGAUGUACAAAUUGUAGCGACCCUUUAUGACAAAAAAAGGCUGUUUUACUGUGAUAAAAAUUAAAUUAAAAGUAUCCAUUGUUAAGGCGUCGUAAUCAUAAGUACUUCAUACAAAAGUCUUAAUGAUUUUUGCUCAAUAG